ACUUACAAAUUUCAGCAACAAAUCCUGAAAGAAAUUGAUGUUGUUUUAUAUCAAUCAAUUUCCAAAGAUUUUCAGCCUUUUGAAAUUGGCGAAAUCAAAGAAAACAUUUCCCUUCACGAUAUUCAAGAUACAUUAGACCAUUUUUGGUCUUUUUACUUAAAUAGUCCUGAUCAACCAUGGAACCGUGAUGAAACUGAGGAUAUUAUGAAUUACUACGAUGAUGAAACUAUUAUAGAAAUAAAUAUGCAGAUAAUAGUGCAAUACAUUCCUUUAGUUCGAGAAUGGUUACCCAUUGAUGAUCCAAAUAAUGCCAAAAGAUCAAACAUUGCACAAUUCCUUGAUGCUUCAUAUAAAUUAUUUUCUAGAAUAUUUGAAGCUGCAAUAUUUAUCUUAGAUGUCGGGUCGUCUAUAAUUGAUUAUAUUUUUCAACAAGAAUAUCGGACCCGAAUCAAAGCCGUUUGGGCAGCUCUUCUAAUGGGUUUAAAUAAAGAUGAAUAUACUUCAAUCGAGUUUCUUCAACAACGUUAUGAUGACAUGGAAAAUAUGGGUAUUGAAAUUGGAGGCGAUGGUGUCAUUUUAGGUCAAAAAGAACCUAUCAGAUUGGAAAAUGCGGAUUCAAGAUAUUCCACAUCUGCCAUAGAUCUUUCACCCGAACAUAAAAUAUUAGCUUAG